AAUUGAACAUAGUCGCUGAAAUCCAGAUAACCAUUUCUCGACCCAGCUGCUCGCGCCGAGAGACGUCAAAAACCAUAGGCGGGUAUCGGCUCCCCCUACCACAACGCUUCCUCCGUCUCGGCCGUCCUGUGGCCAGGGCGGGGCUCCUCGCGCCACACAAGGACGCGCCGCCCCAUGCCGCCCGUAUAAAAGGCCCGCCGCCGCCUCGGCAGGCAUCCAGUCGGAGUCCUCUGUCUGAUCACAACAUGAAGGCCUUUGUGAUUGCCGCACUAGCUGUGGUGGCAUCUGCUGCCCCUGGCAACUAUGCUGCUCUCAGGAGUGCGGCUCUCCCCAUCGGUCUGGGCGCCAUCGCUGCCCCGGCUGUCGAGCACAAGACCAUCAAGGUCGAGAAGGUCGAAGGCGUGCCUGUGACCACCUACGCCGCGCCCGCCUACGGCUAUGGCUACGCCGCGCCCGCCUACGGCUACGGCUACGCCGGCUUCGCCCCGGCGGCCGUGGCUGUCAAGGCUGCUGCUCCCGCUGAGGUCAAGACCAUCAAGAUCGACGAGGCUAAGCCCGUGGCUCUGAGCUACGCCGCCCCCGCCUACGGCUAUGGCUACGCCGCCCCCGUCCACGGCUACGCCCCGGCUCCGGUUGCCGUCAAGGCUGUUGCCCCCGCCGAGGUGAAGACCAUCAAGGUUGAGGAUGUCAAGCCGGUGGCGUACGCGGCGGCGCCGGCCGUGGCCUACUCGGCGCCGACCGUGGUGCGUCAGGAGGUGGAGAUCCCCGUCACCAAGACGGUGCACUACGCCGACGAGCAGGUCGUCACCGGACACACGACCAACAUCAUCAAGCCGGCCAUCGCCGCCCCGGCCAUCGCCGCGCCGCGCACCCUGGUCGGCAAGACCGUCACCAACCCGGCCACCGUCAGCGUGCGCAAGUACGCCGCCGAGGUCAAGACCGUCAACCCGGUGCCGAAGCCCUACGACGUGCACUACGACGUGCCCCAGCCGUACGCCGUGCCCACGCCCGUGCACACGGCUCCUGUUGAGGUGAGGAAGCGCGUGUACGCCGCGCCCGCCUACGCCGCCCCUGCCUACACCAGCGUGGUUGCCGCUCCCGCCGCCGUGGCCGUCAAGGCCGCCCCGGUCGAGGUCAAGGCCUGGUAAACUGACCUGACCUCUCGAUUCUGACAUCAGCUCGGACCGGCGGACGGUCGGCGCGGCUGGUCUCUGUUGGUGUGUGCUGAGAUGUGCUGUGGUUUGUAUGGUUUUGUGUGCUUGGCGUGCGUUCAGGUCAGCGAUUGGCGCCCACUCAUGUUGUGAUCAUCUCUUUCAAUACAUCCAUUUCCCAUCACAA